UUCCCCUCAGUUAGAACUCGCAGCUCUUAGCGCAUGGGCGCUGAAUUUCGAUGCGAUCAUAAGUAAACAUGACGCGAAUACGAUUUCAUUUGCCAACGGCCUUGACAACGUGUUUGCUAUGCCUAAUCCGAAUGGGCGCUGCCCAGUUCGCUGUGGCAACGUCUUCGGCAUCAGCUGAUGGUGCAACGGCAUCCGCUAGCACCAUUGCUGCCGCAGCUCCAAUACUUCAGCAAGGCUUUGGCUUCGGCGGCAGACAACUAGGAGGCAUACCAGAUAGAAGACGGCAGCCACCACCAUGGGGUGGUGUUGGUGGCGGCGGCUGGAAUGGUGGCAAUGGCUGGAAUGGCGGCGGUGGUUGGAACCGAGGCGGUGGUUGGAAUGGCGGCAGCGGCUGGAAUAGUAGCGGUGGUUGGAAUGGCGGCAGCGGUUGGAAUAGCGGAGGUGGUUGGAAUACCAGCGGUGGCUGGAAUGGUGGUGGAAGGCGUCCACCUCCCGGUUGGGGAAACUGGGCUGGCGGCAGACCACAACCUCCUGGGUGGGGUGGCUGGGGUGCUGGCGGUGGCAGACCACAACCUCCUGGGUGGGGUGGCUGGGGUGCUGGUGGUGGCCAGCGACAACCUCCCGGUUGGACAGACAGAAACCGACAACCACCUGGAUGGGGAGAUGGAAAUGGACCACCACAAUCUGGAUGGGGAGAUGGAAGUAGACAGCCGCCUCCUGGCUGGGAAAAUGGAAAUGGACAGCCACCACCUGGCUGGGAAAAUGGAAAUGGACAACCGCCACCUGGCUGGGAAAAUGGAAAUGGACAGCCACCACCUGGCUGGGAAAAUGGAAAUGGACAACCGCCACCUGGCUGGGAAAGUGGAAAUGGACAGUCACCGCCUGGCUGGGAAAAUGGAAAUAGACAACCGCCACAUGGCUGGGAAAGUGGAAAUGGACAGCAACCACCGAAUGAGUUCGAUCCUUCACGUCCCACCGGGGCCGAUGGCAGUCAGCAAUUCCAAUUGCCUCCAAUUGAGAUUUCGUCAACUACAACUACAACGACACCCGUGCCGUUCACCCAACCCACCCAGAAUACAUUGAUCAUUGGCAAAAAUCCACCGCCUCUGAUUAUAUCGCCCACUCCGCCUCCGAGAACCGGAGAUACGCUAAUCGUGGGCACAAAUCGUCCACCCCUACAACCACCUACAACAACAACUCCAUCUUCUCGAUCGAUUGAGCUAUCCCGACUGCGCGACAUUGUAUUUCCCAACGCAUUGAAUUACAUACAUAGUCCAAGCCAGGAACUUCAAUCUGAACCUAUAGAUGUGCGCAGACGAAAAUGAUCUAAGCGAUAGGUUAGCCAAUCCUCCUCUUAUACUCUGUAAAGAUAUAAAUUAUACAUUUAUAUUUAUAGCAGAUUUGCAAUUUAAUAAGCACAAAUAAAGUUGUACAUUCGCACGGCUCAGUGCUCUCAGAGAUUCAUA